AUGGGAAAAUUUCGGUCGUCAAAACUUUCAGUAGACAAGAAGGCGCACUCCUCGGAUGGAAUAGCCAACCCCUUCGACGCCAUCAGGCGUUCAGAUGCCAAGAUAUCUGUACGUCGGAAAACUCCACGCCGUACCAAAGUAGUACGCAAGAGCGUUGGCGAAGCCUCCUUUUCGAAUACGUUACCCCGAAGAUCGCAGAAACUUGAGUUGUACGACCUCAACAAACCAUUGACACUGACACACAAAGAUGCUCCUAUAGAGGAACACUAUGAGGAUAGCGUUUCAGAUAAUUCGGAGGACGACUUCAGAUAUAAUGGUGACCUCGGAGGGUUGGCACAGGCGCUGGAAGAACACAAAAAUCGCCGCGCGCUUGAACGACAGGAAAAGACGGCACAACGUGACCUGUUGUCUAAGCUUGAUUCGGAGUUUGAGCACAUUGAUGUGCAACAGUUCAUUCGCCCUCGUCGAGGGUCACCGAACUUUUCAUCGGAGCAUGGUUCUCCAGUGACACCAAAUGUACCGGACAAGUACUCUGAGAACCUGCACAGGUUGAUGGUUGCCCCUCAUCAAUCUCGCGAUGGCGGAGACCUCCUGCGCCGGAUGUUCGCUGCAUCCGACAUAAAAACCAGAUGCGAGAUCGCCAAGCAGUUCGUGCGUCAUGGCCAUAUAUCAUCGGACACCGCAAAUAGGUGUAUUCUUGAGGUGGCACGGCCGUUAAGUGAACUGCUGGGCACGCCUAAUGGGCACCAGCAGUUUGGCUCAUAUAUCGAGCCCAUGACGGAAUUUGUUCAUUACCUCUGUCAGCGCAGCCCCAAGGAGUACCACGCCUAUUUCUCCAAUUUUCUUAAAGGAGUUUAUGUUUCGUUCGAGACGGAUGACGUGCUCUCCCUUGAGGCUGUGAUUGUGUUGUACCUUUUAAUUAAGGUGACCAAAGUGGGAACAGCUCUAUACAGAGGCAGCCUUAUAGUGUUAGAACACUUGAUGUGCGCCUGUGAUCCGAAGAAGGAUGACCACGCGCGAGUGCGUCUACUGAUAGCAACUGCCUAUGCGUCGACAUUAGACAGCGGUCUAUAUAUGCCAUUCUUCUUCAAGCUGGCCAUGCGACUGCUCAAUGCGUGGCGAGAAGAGAGACCCCAAAUCGUAGAUACAGUGUUGGACAUGGUAAUAGCAUCCCUAAAAUUGCUAUCCAGCAGGGGCUGCCAUGUCUAUCCCAUCUGUCUACACAUCAUAUCGCCCAACAUCGCCAAUCUCUCCUUUGAAUCCCCGAAGCUUGAUCGCUUGAAGGCACUGGUUGAAGAAUAUUCAAGCGUUGAAUUGCUACCGAAUGUGCUUGAUGUGUACAAAAGACCGAAAGUCGAGCUUCAGGUCCCGAAUUUUGAGUCCGUUUCCAGCCGUCGGUUCGCUAAAGAUUCUGCUGUGAAGCGCGAAAAGGCGCUAUACAGAUCCCUUAAGAGGGAGUUCAUUCAUACGGCAGCGGCUGAGGCGAACCUGCGUAGCCUCGAAUUGCGACAAAGGCGAGAACGAUCGCGGGAGCGAUACCGUAAGGUGCUGCGCGAUGCCAUGGUAGAGCAGGAAGAAUUGCGCAAGGAGUCCACGAAGCCUACUUGA